GUACCUCCUCCGAAUCCGCCGACCGCCGGCGAGCCCCUCCUCCUCCACGACACGCGCUUCCCCGCCCCCUGCGCCCACAUCGCGCGAGAUGCAAUCUGCCGCCAGGCUCUUCGCUGCGGCCGCGCCGGGAAGCCCGCGUUCUCUCCUAUUCCUGCGCGGCCUCUGCUCUGCCUCGCCGGCUGGACAGCCGGAUCCGCGGCCCUAUCCGGCCCCGGACCCCGACCCCGACCCCGACCCGCGGCUCGUUGGCGCUCUCUGCCGUGUGCUCAGCGACUUCCGCGGGCCGCGGCACGACCUCCGCGCCGCGCUCAGCGGAUUCGCGCCCCGCCUCACGCCCGCGGCGGCGGCUGCCGUCCUGCGCCGCUGCCGUAACCUUCCCGUGCCCUCCCUCCGGUUCUUCCUCUUCGCGGCUGCGAUGCCGGGGUUCACACACCUUCCGGACUCGCUCCUCAUCCUCGCCGGCUCGCUUGCGGGGGCGCGGCUCUUCCCGCUUCUGCGCUCUCUGCUCUCCGAUCUCCCGCGGUCUGCGCUCUCGCGGGACCUGUUUCCGCUGCUGUUCCGCGCGUACGCCCGCGCCGGUCUACCCGAGGAUGCCAUCCGAGCUUUCUCCUCCAUGGAGAGGUUCUGUUUCCUGCCGACGGUCGCUGAUCUCCACUCGCUGCUCUUCACGUUAUCGCAUAAUGGCCUGGUGGAGCACGCAGAGGCAUUCUUUAGGGAGUCGCCAUUUCAGUUUGAUCUCUCGGCCAAAACUUAUACCAUCCUGAUCUCUGGGUGGGCUGUUGUUGCGAGUCCAGUGAAGGCCCAAAAGCUGUUUGACGAAAUGAUUGAGAGAGGGGUCCAACCUGAUGUGCCUGCCUAUAAUGCGUUGAUUGACGCCUUGUGUCGAGGAGGGGAUGUUGCACUUGCUCAGGAGCAGCUAAAAGAUAUGCAACGCAGCCGUGGGCUUGCCCCUGAUGCUGCCACUUACGGCCCAUUCCUUCGAUCUGCAUGUGCGUCAAAGGAUGCCCGUGCUGCUCUUCGAGUGCUAGAUAGGAUGCGUGCACGCAGCCUUACACCAAAUGUAUUCACCUAUAAUGCUGUCAUUCGGUUACUGUGUGAGUUGGGAGAGGUUGAUGAGGCUUAUAAUAUCCUCAAUGAGAUGGCAACUUAUGGGGAGAAGCCUGAUGUCUGGAGCUACAACACUCUGCUUAAUACACAUUGUAAGCUGAAAGAGGCUAUCAUGGAUUCAGAUCCAUCAUCACAGAACCCAACAGAUAUGACUGCAUUUGUCCAGAACCUCCUUGGACAGAUGCAAACAAGGUUCGAGUCCAUGUCGCAGAACAUUGUGUCAAAGAUAGAUGAAAUGGGAACCAAGAUUGAUGAGCUCGAGCAGAGCAUCAACGAUCUCAAAGCUGAGAUGGGCACUGAGACGCCGGUCAAGAAGCCUGAUGAGCCAAAGCCUGCUGACUCUGCCUAACUUGGGUGUAACCCAGAGAUUGUUGUGUGAAGAUUUGAUGAUGGUGUGACAAAUUUCAGCAGUACGUGAUCGUAUCUGUUUUCAUGAGUCCUGGCAGUUAUGUAGACACGAACCCAUCGUAUGAAAGAUGAAUCCAUGUUUGGGCUCUCCAGACAUCAACGCAUGUUCUUAGCUUUUCUGUCAUCUUUCGGCAACUAUUUGUUUGACUGUUAUAAGAUGUUAUGCAACAUCUACUCCAUUUGAAGUAAUUGUCUUGUGUAGAGCAGUCUGCUGCUGCUUGUUUGCUGAUAA